AAACCUACAAUACAAAGAAGACAGCUGCAAGCAAGAUGCACCAGGCGAGGGCCUACCAAUCCAUCACGCCGGCCAAUAACAUGAUCCUGAAGCGGCGGUGGGAUAAGAGCCGCUUCGACCUCCACAGAAUGAAGGUCCGUAACGCGAAGCCGAUGAUCGACAAUAAGCCUCCGCAGACGUACAUGCAUCUCCACCUGGACCUAAAGAAACUGCAAAUGGAGGAGGAACGACGCGGCGUCGUGGAGCGAGACAACGGGAUCCUUCUCGACAAGAUGGCUCGCAUCAUGAGGACCAGGGGACGCGUCGACAACGUCAACAACUACCAGCAGAGAAGUCUAAACAAGACGCGGAGGCAGAGGGAUUUGCUGCGAGUUACUCACGAGAACCAGGCCAUUCUGAAGAGAAUCCAGUCCAAGGAGGCACACUACAACCACAUGCAGUGGCUCCACCAGUGGGAGGUGAACAAGAUGUACAUGGCCAACAUCUCAAAGUACCCGCACACCUGGAUGCACGACAAACAGUGCGGUCCCCUCCCUUCAGCUCACAGACACAAGAAACCUGGCAAUAUCAAGGGCACUCCUCCCCGCCUCCCUCCACCUUCUCCCACAACUCACACCAGACAAGAUUCAACCAAUCUACAGGCUACCACUGAUAACACACUCCCUCAAAUCAACUAAGUAACGAACUAAUAGACAUAGCUUCAUUCACCGCUAAAUAAACCCGCAAGAUUCAUAUAUAUAUACCCAUUAUUCAAACACUUGAUGAUGUCAUGAUUACAUCAGCACCACACUCUUCUCCACUGGGGAAAGAUUUCAAGUGAGGGCUUCAAACACACAUCAUUCACAUUGCCUAAGGCUCCACACAUUAGUUAUCACUAGACUUCUCUAGCUGUUUUAGUGCAGCUAUAAGAUCUUUGACAAGAGGCCGGUCAUAAGAGGUCUUGCCUCUGUAAAUGUAGGCCAGUUUCCCUGCGGAAUCGACAACGAAAUCUCCUCCCAUUUGGUAAAUAUCGUCCCCCUUCCACGAUGCAAGAUGUUUUAUACCGGCUCUCAAUUGCUCUGCGUACUUUGUGAGCGUAGGGAUGGUCCAUAUCAGCACGGAUCUAGGUAGACCUAGAGAUACAUAGAGUUCUCUCUCGGUAUCAACAGCAAGCGGGAAAUCAAAUCCACAGUUCUGGACCCACGACGAGGCAGUGUCCACCAGAGAGCAAGCCACCAUCACAACUCGGCACCCCACCUGGCGAAAUUGCUCAAUCUCCCGUUUUAUCCCCUCCAAGUGGGCGUGUCACGGAGAUCAUCCAAAGUGACGCAGGAGGACAAAUAGAGUGAAUUUCGAGCCUUCCCAGUAGCUCUGGAUCUCUUGUACUUCCUUUGUUCUUCCGUCUGCGACUUUCAAAUCCCCAGGUAAAGCGUCCCCUAUUUCCUUGAGCUGAAGUUCGCUAUGCGCCUUCACAAACUCUUUUUGUACGUCUUUGAGCAGCGCCUCGUGUCGUUCUUCCGCAUCUAAAACCUCUUCCACCGCAUCUCGAACGUCUUGGGAACCGUAUUGGCUCUCCCACAGCUUCUCAAGCUCAGCGUACGUCCCCACGCCGUUGGAUCGCAGACACUCUUCGUAGCUGGCAACGUGGGACCACAGACGCCGUAUCCCCUUUCCCCCUGGGGUGUUCAAGAAUUUCUCAAAGUCCACGGGUG